UUAAGACCUAAAACUGAAAGUAGAAUUUAAAUAAUAUAGAGCAUUUAUAAAUGGGUAUACUUGUUUGUAAAUGUUUUGUGAAUCAACUUUGUCAGAAAAUUUCAUUUUCGUAAGCACCAUGAAGGAUGUUUUGCAUGCAUGACAUACACCAGUGGCAGAUGAUUUUGGAUUUUUAUGAUUAAAUUGUUUGUUAAAGUGGGUCACAUAUAAAUUGACUGUUCUCUGUUCUAAAAGGAAUCUUUCUUUCAAUAUGAAGGAUUUUCUGAUUGCAGUCGGCGUUGCCUUUGUUGCAGGCUUUUUCUAUCUACAGGAAAGGAGAAUUAACGAUUUAUAUUUAGAGUUUCGACAUGAAGUGAAUUCCAUGAAACUUGCUCACAAAGAAGAAAUUCUUCAGUUACAUUUGAAGAUAUUUGAUUAUUCAGAAAAAGGAAAAGCCCAACUCAUGUUUUCAAAUAUGGAAAAGAACUUAGACCAAAGAAUGAAAGCAGCAGAGGAAGCUCUUACUAACAAUACCAAGAAGGUUUUGGAUCAGAUAGAUGGCAUAGAGAAAAGAUUAGGGGUACCAGCUGCAUUCUACUCCAGAUUAAGUCAACAUCAUCAUAAUUCACCUCCCGGAACAGUUUUAAAAUUUGACGACGUCAAGUUAAACAUCGGUAGUGGUUACAAUCCAACCAAUGGAAAAUUCUCAGCUUCGGAAAAUGGAAUCUACUUUUUCACCUGGAAUUAUCUCAUAAACGAUGGGAAUAAUGGGUACAUCGGGGCCUACGUGAACGGGAAAGAAGAAGUGGACACUUGCACAUAUUCUCAUAAUAAUCCAUUUAAUUUGGCUACCGGAUCACUUGUAAUGAAACUUAAAAAGGGCGAUGAGGUUUGGUUACAAGUAUUUUACAAACAAGCUGGAUUCUUACAUCCUUCUUCAUGGGAUAUAAGUUAAUAGCAUUGCCUUAAUCAGAAUUUAAGAUCAGGAACUACUGGAACAAGACCGCCUGUGCUGAGACAGUUUAACCAAAACCAUGGAAAUGUGACAAUUAAACCUUUCUUUAGUGUGAAUUUUUAUGACCCUUGACCUUGACUUUGAAAUUUGAUUCACUUUUGCAAAAAAAAAAAAAAAUCAAAUUUCAUCCCUGGCUUUCAUUCUUUUCAUGGUAUUUAUUUUAAAAAAGACAUUUUCUCGAAUAUAUAUAUAUAUAUAUAUUUCGAGACACUUGAAAAAAAAACUUUUAACUAUGGCCUUAAGUUUUAAAUACUUAGUACAAGAGUUUUUAUAUUUCACUGGUGUGUUAGCUGAAAGGUCGGGUCAUUAUCUUUUUUCCUUAACCGUAAGUAAAAAGUAUUGCUGUUGCUUGAAACAUGUGUAGAUUACCUCAAGACAAAAAGUCCAUAAAAGAAUGCAAAAUAGGAGAGAGAGCAAACAGGGACCUCCAAACAUAAGAGGUGGGUUCAGGUGUCAUGGAGGAGUUAAGGCUCUCUGUUGUUGUCAAACCCUUCUCAAAGGGUCAUCAUACAUGUACAAACAAACUUAGGGUACUUCUGUAUUAAUAUGACUAAACAUUUCUCUGCUUGAGAAUAUUACAGGCAUUUCAGGCAUAUUACAGGCAUUUCCAAUAUGUUUAUUGGUCUUAAUAUAUAGUAACAAACUUGCAUCUAUGCAUGUAAUGGAGCACUAAAAAUAAGCUUUUCUAGCUCAGUCGUUCUUGGAAAAGAUUUUAAAAGAUGUAACAAGGUUUUUACGAUGUCUUAAUCAUAACUCCAUGAAAGAGGGUGAGGCAUUUUCUGUGAACAAACUAUGUAAAAUGGCGUUAGACAAAGGUAAAAUUUGAAAUUAGAACACGUAAAAGAGCAGAAACAAAUGUUUUCCUUUGUAUUGUAAUAUAUUAGAAUAAUGUUCUUAUCAAAUCAUCAACCCAGGUUCAUUAUUUACUCUCAGUUCGUCUGUAAAAAGUUUCAAAAUAAAAAGAAAGAUAA